GAGGAGGAGCGGUGCGGCCCCUGAGCGGCCGUGGCCCCUGCGGUGGUGGUUGCGGUGGGCUGGGUGGUGGGCUUCGGGUGUUCCGGCCUCAUCCUGCCCCCGCGGCGAUGCAUCCGCGGCGCCCGGAUGGAUUCGAUGGCUUGGGCUACCGAGGCGGUGCCAGGGACGAGCCGGGUUUUGGCGGCGCUUUCCCAGCGAGGUCCUUCAGCUCAGGGUCGGACCUGGGCCCCUGGGUGACGACUCCCCCAGACAUCCCGGGGAGCCGCAACCUGCACUGGGGCGAGAAGAGCCCGCCCUACGGCGUGCCCUCCACCUCCACCCCGUACGAGGGCCCCGCUGAGGACCCCUUCUCCGGCAGCGGCCCCGGCACUGGCGGCGGCGGCGGCGGCGGCGCGCGGGGCCAGAGCAGCGAGCAGUUAAAUAGAUUUGCUGGAUUUGGCAUUGGACUUGCAAGUCUCUUUACAGAAAAUGUACUGGCCCAUCCUUGCAUUGUUCUACGCCGCCAAUGUCAGGUUAAUUACCAUGCUGAUCAUUACCAUCUCACUCCAUUUACAAUCGUCAACAUUAUGUACAACUUCAACAAAACUCAGGGACCAAGAUCCCUAUGGAAAGGAAUGGGAAGUACGUUUAUUGUCCAAGGUGUCACACUUGGAGCAGAAGGUUUAAUUAGUGAAUUUACAUCUUUGCCAAGGGAGAUUGCACAUAAAUGGAAUCCUAAACAAAUAUGUGAACAUCUUUUACUGAAAUCCCUAACUUACAUAGUGGCAAUGCCUUUUUAUUCAGCAAGCCUAAUUGAAACAGUACAGAGUGAGAUAAUUCGAGAAAAUUCUAGCAUACUGGAAUGUAUUAGAGAAGGAAUCGGAAGAGUACUAGGCUUGGGAGUGCCUCAUAGCAAGCGACUCCUGCCACUUCAUUCCUUGAUCUUCCCUACGGUGCUGCAUGGAGUUCUUCAUUACAUCAUCAGCACAGUCAUUCAGAAGUUUGUCCUACUAAUUCUAAAGAGAAAGACUUGCACUAGCCACCUAGCUGAAAGUGGUUGUCCUGUACAGUGUAUACUGGAAGCUUAUUUUCCAGAACUUAUUGCUAACUUUGUUGCCAGUCUUUGCUCUGACGUAAUACUUUACCCACUGGAAACAGUUUUGCACCGCCUUCACAUUCAAGGAACACGCACAAUAAUUGACAACACAGACCUUGGCUAUGAAGUGCUUCCAAUUAAUACACAAUAUGAGGGAAUGAGAGACUGUAUCAGUACCAUAAAGCAGGAGGAAGGAGUGCUUGGUUUUUAUAAAGGGUUUGGUGCUGUUAUGAUACAGUAUACACUGCAUGCAGUUAUCCUGCAGUUUACCAAAAUUAUUUACACUGCACUUCUUCAGAAUGCCGCUUGAGAUUUAGGUUCUAUCACUGCUUAGUAGAGAAAACAUAAUGUGGAUAAUUUGCCAUGAAAUUAUGAGGGAUAAAAGCAACAGACUGAGUCAAAAAAGUGGAUUGGAAAGGGAAACUGGUAGACAAAGCCCAAGUUGAUUAAAUUGACUUUUAUUUCUUUUGAAGUAUACCUAUAUAUUUUGGAUCAAAAUGAUUCCAAACUUCAAAACUAAAUAAAGAUAAGACUGUGAAAGAAUUAAAUUUUAAUGUAGCACUCAUGCUAAAGCAAAAUUGUUGCUGGGAAAAAGCAAAUAUAUCAUCAUUAAAUAUAAAAUGAAAUUUCAUUGAAUUCAAUCUAUUCUACCGGACUGUAAUAUUUGUUACAUUGAUUUUUACCUUAUGGAUUGAUUUGGGUAUGUGAUCCUCAAUACAGUAUAGUAUCAGGAGGCCUUACCUUUAAGCAAAUAAAUGAUGUCAUCAUUGGAAAAAAAAAAUCUAAGGAUCACAUCUGGCAAUAUGUCAGCAGGAAUCAAAGAAGUUUAAAUUGUCCCUAUAAAGCUAUUUUAAUGGCUUGUAUAUAUGUAUUAUAUGAAGCCAAUUGUGUGCACAAAUAUAACUUGGAAUUCUGUACUUGUAGAUAAACAUUACAUAAUAAGAAAUCAUCUGCUUUAAUAACAAAAG